GUAUUUUUACUGUCAAAGUCAACUAGUUAUAAAUUCUUCAAUUUUCGUCCCAUACUUUAUACUAUAUCAAGUGUAAACAAUUUUCUGAUUAAAUAGAGUUAUAUUAUACUUUAUUAAAAAUGGCUAUGGCAAUGCAGAGAAAGGCAAACGUACGUUUGCCACCUGAGAUAAACAGAAUUUUGUACGUUAGAAACCUACCGUAUAAAAUAACUGGUGAAGAAAUGUAUGAUAUAUUUGGUAAAUAUGGAGCAAUCAGACAAAUCCGUGUAGGAAACACUCCCGAAACUAGAGGAACCGCUUUUGUAGUUUUCGAAGACAUAUUUGAUGCAAAAAAUGCUUGUGAUCAUUUAUCUGGUUUCAAUGUAUGUAACAGAUACCUAGUUGUUUUAUAUUAUCAAGCUAACAAGGCAUUUAAAAAGACAGACAUCGAUAAGAAACAAGAAGAAAUUGAUAAAAUGAAAUCAAAGUAUGGAAUUAAUACAUAAAGUGUGUGUUUAAUUUACUCUAUUGGGAAAUAAUGUAUAUACUUUAAGAUUUAAGUUAAUAUGUGUAAAAUUUUAUAAAUAAAUCGAAUUAAAAACAUGGUUCAUAAGGUACAUAAACAAAAAUUUAGAACAUAACCAAACAAUUUCCUUACGAAUUCAUUUUUCGGAUUAUAACAAAAAUCUGCUACAGAAAAUAAUCAAAUAAAUGAAGAAAAGUGGUUUUUGUAUGUAACUAUUUGGUCUCAAAAGUUGUUUUGGUCGGAUUUAAUCUAAUACUGGGGUCGCUCAACUCAACUGGGAUCUCUAGCAGGAUCAAAGAUGACUAUUUGGUCGUAAAAUCCCUUUUGGGGGAGGAUUUAAUCCAUUGCGGGUAACCUAACCAGGUAAUAUUGAAUCUUUAUAACCAAAGGCCGGAUAUUGGAAUAUUUACAUUGUAUUUCUAUCUUGUUAAUAAAAUAACACAAAUUGAUUUUC